GCCACGCCCCCAGCGGCGCCAUCUCGAGGCGGCGGCGGCCGAGCCUUAAAGGGGCCGCGGCGGGCUCGGUCGGGCCGAUGGAUGAGUUGGAGGACCCGGAGCUGGAGCUGGAGCCCGAGUGGCUCUGCUCCCCCGCCGGCCGCCGCUACCUGCGCUGCAUCUUGCACAAGAACCGGCGGAGGACCUUCGGUGUCCUGGAAUCCCCAGCGCUGCCCCCCAGCUCCUGCGCUGCCACCAUCCCCUACAAGCUCUUCGUCUGCGGCAAGAGCGGCGUGGGCAAGACAGCGCUGGUGGCCAUGCUGGCAGGGGUCCGCGUACCCCCCACCCACUACGAGACCAGGGGGACAGAAGUCACCACUGUCUACUGGCCAGCCAAGCCCCUGAGCAGCACUGACCCUGUGAUGUUCCAGCUCAACCUCUGGGACUGUGGGGAUGGAGUGCUGAGGAAAUUCGAUUACUUGCUGCCUUCCUGUAAGGAGAGCGUCGAUGCCAUCCUCUUCCUCUUCUCCUUCACCGACCGCUCGUCCUUCGAGGAGCUGCCAGCCCAGAUGAGCCGGCUGCUGGGUCCUGGGGAGGAAAACGUCCUGAGGGUGGUCAUUGGCACCAAAUUCGACCUGGUGACGCAGGCAGCUGUGACGGAGGAGGAGGUGAAGGCCUUCGGGAGGAGCUGGGGGCUGCAGGUGCUGCGGGUGGGCUGCAGGCCGGGCCCCGAGGCGGAGCUGGGGGUGUGCCGGGUGGCUCCCACCCUCAACAGCUUGGUGGCCAGGCUCUGGCGCAGGGACCGCGCCGCUGCCCACGCCGCCCCCGCGGGCACCCCCCCGAGCUGA